UGCUCCCCCACAAUGGCUCCCACAGGUGGUUUAUUGACGUGGAUUUUGUUAUCGUUGAAUAUAGCUGUGUCCGUCUGUUGGGAUAACGAUGACCUAGAAUUAUUCGAUCUGGUUGAGGAAGUGAAUCGAAAUUUUUACGAUGUAUUGGGUCUGGAAAAGGACUGUACAAGUAAUGACAUCCGAAGAGCCUACCGUAGACUUUCACUGCAGCUGCAUCCAGACAAAAACAAGGAAGAAGAUGCUGAAGUCAAAUUUAGACAGCUUGUAGCAGUUUAUGAAACACUCAAAGAUGAAGACAAAAGGAAACGGUAUGAACUUGUACUGGAAAAUGGCUUGCCUGAUUGGAGACAGCCAGUUUUCUACUACAGAAGGGUGCGGAAACUUGGGAUGCUGGAGUUAUUGGCCUUUAUGUGCGGUAUCUUAACUCUUGGCCAAUACCUUGUUCUGUGGUCCAUUUUCCUGGAGAAAAAGUUUUCCAUGGAGGAAGAUCAUGAAACUCGUAGAAAAAAGAUUGAAAAGAAAUUAAGGAAAAACAAACAGGAACUGGAGGAUCAGUUUGAUGAACUUCAGGAGGAAAUGGACUCCUUACCUAGACCAAAAGUCUCUGACCUCUGGCCAAUCAGACUGACCAAAUGGACUGUCCAGUCCACCAUCAACCUCCCCACCACAGUCAGAGAGACAGCUGCAGCUCUUAAGGAGUGGAUGCAGAAACGUAACACUGCUGUUAAAGAUGAGGAGGAUGAAGAUGAAGAGGAGGAAGAAGAAGCUGCUAGAAGAGCCAAAAAGAAAGCACGUCCAGAAUUUGUGGACAUUGUACCCGUUUUGUGUACAGAUGCCGCCCCUGUAGUUUACACUGAGAUGAUACAGUCUAACACAGCAGAGGAAACCAACACAGACACUGUUCGGCAGGGUGGAGAUUGGACAGAUGAAGAAUUAGCUCUGCUGUCUAAGGCAAUGACCAAGUUUCCAGGUGGAACAAUGAACAGAUGGGAGAAGGUUGCAGGUGUUGUUAACAGAACGGUACCUGAGGUGAUAGCCAAAUCCAAGACGCUCAAGAUAUCAUAUGUUAACAAGCUGGACGCAUCCUUACAGAGUGGAGGUUUAAAGGGAGGAAAAAAGACACAAGUCGUUACAGAUGAGAUGAUAUCCCAUAAAGCUGAUUACGAGGGAACUGUAACAGAGGAUACAAAUGGUGAUGUCAGAAGUGGGGAUGUACGCAGGCGUCACAAACCCAAACCAAAGAAAACAUCAGAGAAGACGUUACUGGCUGCUGUCGAAUCUCAAUCUGAGAAGAAGCAAGGGGAAGUAAAUCAACCAAAAAUAGUCCAACCAAAUAAACAAUCUGAUUCAGAAGCAAUUAGUGAAAAUUCUGUGACUUCAAAGAGUUCUGGUGAUGGAGAUCAAUGGAAUAAAAAUCAACAAACUAUUUUAGAAUGGAAUUUACGACAGUACCCUAAAGGUACUGAUCAAAGAUGGGAAAAAAUAGCUCUGCAGAUUCCUGGAAAAACAAAGGAGGACUGUAUAUUAAGAUUCAAGUACUUAGCUGAUCUAGUGAAGAAGAAGAAAGAAUUAUCACAAAAACAAUCUGACACCAGCUGAUGUCAACUCAUAGAUUAAUUAUUCACAAUUUCAAUUAAAAAGGUUCAAAAUA